CUGUGGGGGCUCGGGCAGCGAUCCUUUUCACCAAGGAGCCGUACUCCCAGGAUGCCCUGCACGGCCGCAGCGCCAUCCUCCGCUGCGAGGUGGAGGAGCCAGCACACGUGGAGUUCGAGUGGCUGCAGAACGGUCUCCCUGUUCAGGACACGGAGCAGCGCUUCAAGGAAGGCAGCAACCUCCAGUUUGCUGCUGUCGAUCGGCACAGGGAUGCCGGGGACUUCCAGUGUGUAGCCAGGAACUUGCUCACUGGGGAAGAGGCCCGCACAGUCAAUGCAUCUUUCAAUAUCAAGUGGAUUGAGACAGGCAGUGUGGUGCUGAAGCAGCCGGCCAGCAUAGCUGAGAUCCAGCCCUCCUCCACCGUGGUGCUGCGGUGUCACAUCGACGGCCACCCGCGCCCCACGUGGCAGUGGUUUCGGGAUGGUGCCCCAAUUCCCGAUGGCCGUAGCACCUAUUCUGUCAGCAACAAGGAGCGAACAUUGACCCUACAGAGCGCCAGCCCUGACGACAACGGUCUCUAUUACUGCUGUGCCCGCAGUGCCGUCGGCUUCGUCUGCAGCCAUAACAACUUCACGAUUAAUAUCAUCGAUGAGAGCUUUCCCCAGGCAGUGAUCAUCCCGCAAGACCUCAUUGUGACCAAGAACGAAGAGGCCAUGUUUGACUGCCAGUUUGCAGCUGUGCCCCCCCCCACGCAGGAGUGGCUCUUUGAAGACAGCCCCGUUGCCAACAGAUCCAAGACCACUGUGUUCGCCAACGGCUCCCUGCUGAUCACCCAGGUGAGGGCUCGCAGCACCGGUGUCUAUAAGUGCGUUGGCCAUGGGCAGAGGGGGAAAGCUCUUGUGCUGAAGGCGACUCUGCGGUUAGCAGAGAUCGAUGAAAUGGCACCCUUCUCCCCGAAGGUGUUGACGGCAAACCAGGGGCACCGCGUGGCCUGCGCAGCCCCGCGAGGCAUACCCACACCCCACGUCUGGUGGGAGAGGAACCAUGAGCGGGUUCCCACCACUGGCAGGGUGCACCAAGAAGCGGAGCAGCUUGUUUUCACCAGUAUUACUGAGAUGGAUGCAGGGACCUAUACGUGCCAUGCUGCCAACAAGGCUGGAGAGAAGAAACAGGAGCUGAGCAUCACUGUGGCUACGGUACCCAAGUGGGUGGAGAUGCCCAAGGACAGCCAGCUGGAGGAGAGCAAGCCGGGAUACCUGCACUGCCUCAGCAAGGCCUCCCUGAAACCCACGGUCACGUGGUACCGCAAUGGCGUCUCCAUCUCUGAGGACUCACGGUUUGAGAUCUCUGAGAAUGGGACACUGCGCAUCAACAACGUGGAGGUGUAUGACGGGACCAUGUACAAGUGUGUGAGCAGCACGCCGGCAGGCAGCAUCGAGGGAUACGCACGGGUGCACGUGCUGGAGAAGCUGAAGUUCACCCCGCCACCCCAGCCACUGCAGUGCAUGGAGUUUGAUAAGGAGGUUACAGUGUCCUGCUCAGCCACUGGCCGGGAAAAACCCACCAUCCAGUGGACUAAAACAGAUGGGAGCAGCCUGCCAUCCCACGUCAGCCACAAUGCUGGCAUCUUGUCCUUCCACAAGGUGAGCAGGAGCGACUCAGGAAACUACACGUGCAUCGCUUCCAACAGCCCACAGGGCGAGAUCCGUGCCACCGUGCAGCUCGUGGUAGCAGUUUACGUCACCUUCAAGCUAGAGCCAGAGCCCACGACAGUGUACCAGGGGCACACAGCCAUGUUCCAGUGCCAGGCAGAGGGGGACCCCAUACCACACAUCCAGUGGAAAGGGAAGGACAAGAUUUUGGAUCCCGGCAAGCUCCUGCCCAGGAUUCAGAUCAUGCCGAAUGGCUCCCUCGUGAUCUACGAUGUCACCACCGAGGACUCGGGGAAAUACACGUGUAUCGCUGGCAAUAGCUGCAACAUCAAGCACCGUGAGGCCUUCCUCUACGUCGUAGACAAACCAGCAGCAGAAGAGGAUGAGGGACCUGGCAGCCACACACCCUACAAGAUGAUCCAGACCAUUGGGCUUUCGGUGGGGGCAGCUGUUGCCUAUAUCAUUAUCGUGCUGGGACUGAUGUUCUACUGCAAGAAACGGAGAAAAGCCAAGAGGCUGAAGAAGCACCCGGAGGGCGAGGAGCCUGAAAUGGAGUGUCUGAAUGGUGGUGCUUUGCUGCAGAAUGGGCAGAUGACAGCAGAGAUCCAGGAAGAAGUGGCCUUAACCAACCUGGGCAGCAGCUCUGGGGCCAGCAAGCGGCACAGUGCUGCUGACAAGAUGCACUUUCCACGUUCCAACCUGCAGACAAUCACAACCCUGGGCAGGGGGGAGUUUGGUGAAGUGUUCCUGGCCAAGGCAAAAGGUGCUGAGGAUGGUGAGGGUGAAGCGCUGGUGCUGGUGAAGAGCCUGCAGACAAGGGAUGAGCAGCUGCAGCUGGACUUCCGGCGAGAGGCAGAGAUGUUUGGGAAACUGAACCACUCCAAUGUGGUGCGGCUGCUGGGGCUGUGCCGUGAGGCAGAGCCACACUACAUGGUCCUGGAGUAUGUGGACUUGGGGGACCUGAAGCAGUUCUUGAGGAUCUCCAAGAGCAAAGAUGAGUCUCUGAAGCCACAGCCCCUCACCACCAAACAUAAGGUGUCUCUCUGCACACAGGUAGCCCUGGGCAUGGAGCAUCUCUCCAACAGCAGGUUCGUGCACCGGGACUUGGCAGCCAGAAACUGCCUGGUCAGUGCCCAGCGGCAGGUCAAGGUCUCAUCCCUGAGCCUCAGCAAGGAUGUGUACAACAGCGAGUACUACCACUUCCGCCAGGCCUGGAUCCCGCUGCGCUGGAUGCCCCCUGAAGCUGUGCUGGAAGACGAGUUCUCCACCAAGUCAGACGUGUGGUCCUUUGGGGUGCUCAUGUGGGAGGUCUUCACGCAUGGGGAGAUGCCCUAUACCCCGCUGGCAGAUGAUGAGGUCCUAGCAGGUCUGCAGUCAGGAAAGACGAAGCUCACGCACCCCGAGGGCUGCCCUUCCCGCCUCGCCAAGCUGAUGCAGCGCUGCUGGGCCCCCAGCCCGAAGGAUCGACCCUCCUUCAGCGAGCUUGCCACUGCCCUGGGGGACAGCCCAGCUGACAGCAAAGCCUGAGCAUCCUCGGCCCUCGCUGGGGAAGGACGCAGUGGGGUGGACGGGGGUCUGUAGGUGCCUGGGGAGCCCCUG